AUGAACUAUCUAAAGGAAGUGGUCAUACUACUAUUAGGCCCGUACCUGAUUCUGCUGUGCAGGAGAGUGUCAGGUGAUCAGAAAAAAAAGAGAUGUUUUUUAACAUUCUUUGUUGGUUUUGGACAGCUGGAGUUGCGCAAUGAGGGCAAAUUUGUGGUGCUAGAGGUAAACAACAAGGUAGAGCUUGUAGUCGGCCUCCAUUCUAAACUGGUGGAAGAUGACCUAACAGGAAAGAUACGUCUUGCUCUUGGUGGCAUGCUGGUGGACAAACAAAAGCUCUUCCAUCCAUUUGAGCCAGAAAUAGAUGCUUGUAUAAGAGGAGGGCAUUGGUUAAAUCUCAGCACUACCUGGGAUACAGACUCAACAUGGGAACCCCGGCCCUGCUUCUCCGAGAUCAAGAAAGGAAGCUAUUUUCCAGGAACUGGAGUGGCUAUGUUUAAUACAUCUGAUCUUCCUGGACUUAAGACAGAAGAGGCCGGUAUUACAGUGGAGAUCUUCGGAUCCUGGACUGGGACAACGUUAAGUCUCCAAAGCACAGGAUUUGAGUAUAUUUUGGAAGUGUUUGAUAAGAAUAAAGAUGUCAAGGAGGUGCAGUUGGGCCUGAAAGAGGGAUCGGAAAGUGUUGCCCUUCCCCGUGAACCUGAAACACUUACUUUCACCAUACUGAAACAUUCACUUGUGGUAAACAGCGUAACAGAGCUUGAAAAGGAAAGUCUGGACUUUUUCUCCAUGUGGAAAAAGGGGAUGCUACUGACUUUUGGGGGAGUGCCAGGCGACAGCGAGAAGGCAAAAAGUACACAUGACCUGCGUGGGUGUCUGGAGAAAAUCCUUGUCCAAGGCCAGGUCAUUGAUCUUGAUCGGGCAUUGUACAAACACACAGCGGUGUCAUCUCACAGCUGUCCUACAGAAGCAAUGAAUGAACUCACUUAAUAGAGAUACAAGGCAUUCAUCCUGGCAGGCUAAACUCUAAGAUUACCUUCAUGUUCCACACAUCUUAUAUCUGUCAUAGGUAGGCCUAUUUAAAAAUGCUCAAUGUUCAGUUGACCAAAAACCUCUAAAAAUGUACUGAAGGGCUGUUAU